UAUCUCUAAACCAACCUCCUACCCUCUGCCUCUGCCUCUGCCACUCCCCUGAUCCAUCUCUUUUUUUUAUUAUUCACAUUUCUCUGUAUCUUCCCCUCAACGCAACUCAACUUGUUUACUCAAACCAAAGCAACCCCUUUUCCCUUUGUCUCUUACUCAUUUCCGAAUCAUUUUUUGAUUUCUAGCACUUUGUCUUCACAUCUUCUCUUAGCUAAAUCCACCAGAUUGAGACUUUCAAGAUUCCCACUAAUUUUGUGUCAUUAUCUUCAUCCUUUUGGUGUUAAUACUCUUCUUCUUCGUCUGGGUAUCAAUGGCUGCUGUUUGUGAUGUUGAGGUGGAUGUUAAUGGUGAAGAAACAUUCUUCAUUCAUAAGAACAUCAUCUCAUCAUAUUGUGGAAAAAUCAGAAACUUAUUCGAUAAAUCCAAAGGCGUGACAAGGAAUCUCAAAAUUAUAUUGCAUGAUUUUCCAGGAGGACCCGGAAGUUUUGAGCUGGUUACAAGAUUCUGCUACAACAAUGGCAAAAUCGUUAUAAACCCCUACAACGCGCAUCGCUUGUUAUGCGCUGCACAUUACUUGGAAAUGAAUGAAACAAUCAGUGGAUCUCUCAAUUUGCUCGAGCAAACGAAGAAAUCCAUUGAAGAAAUCAAGUUUUGGAGUUGGCCCGAGCUUCUAUCAGCUUUAAAGAAUUCUCUAGAUUUAGUCCCGGCCGAGAGUUCUUCCCAAAUUCAUGAAAAAUGUUUGGAUUCCGUAGUUGCUAGGCUCGUUUUCACAAGUGAAACGAGCCCUUCAUGUCCCUCUAGCUCAUCACCCGAGAGCUCGGGCCUUCGGUUAUCAACUGAUAGCAAAAGCACCGAGAGUCUUAGAAGCGGGUUUUUGCGGUCAUCAUGGUGGUUUGAAGAUCUGGCCAAUAUUUUGACUCCAAGUUUAGUCAAACAAUUGGUCAAAUCGAUUGUUCUUUACAAAUUCGAUCACGGGGUUUCCAGCAGGUUUCUGUUUUACUAUCAAAAGUCUAGAUUUUUCGACGCCACUCCAAACGAAAAACUAGAGAUACUCGAAACCGUCAUUGAUUGUCUUUCUUUGCUAGAUCAAACCUCGGUUUCUUGCAAGAAUUUAUUUGGGAUAUUACGGGUUGCUUUAAAUGUAAAUGUUAAGAAGAUCCACAGGAACAUUUUAGAGCGUAUGAUCGGUUCCCAGUUGGAUCAAUCCACUCUAGACAAUCUUCUUGUUCCAUCUCCACAUGGGUCGAAUUAUCUUUAUGAUGUUAAUCUUGUUUUACAGUUUGUGAAGCAUUUUUUAACCGCAAGAAGUGGACCCGGAGUUCCCAUUUCUGAGUUUACGAAAGUUGCUGGAUUGAUAGACUCGUAUGUUGCAGAAGUCGCCCCUGAUCCCCGUUUGAAGCCGUGUAUAUUCUUGGCUCUUGUAAAGGCUCUCCCUGAGUCCGCUCGAGACUCGUAUGAUGAUAUCUAUCACGCCAUCAACAUUUAUCUUCAGGUCCACACGGGAUUAUCAGACGAAGAAAAAACGAGCAUAUUCAACAGUCUUGACUACACCAAACUUUCAUCAGAAAGUUGCAAUCAUCUCACUCAAAACGCCAAAUUCCCGCCAAGAUACGCUGCGUUAGCUCUCAAAGGUCAACAACUCAAGCUUGAAAACCUUUUUCGUGGCAUGGACGUCCAAAAACGGUUUGUCCUCCCGCCACAUGAACUAGUGGCAACCGAAACAAAAAAUGACGAGAUGCGCGAGCAAGUUGUAAUCUAUGCUGAACAAGUUGUACCGUAUGAAGCAAAAGAAGAUAUUGUUAGUGAAAAUGAGAAGAUGAAAGCACAUUUAGAAGGGAUGCAAUGGAGAGUAGUUGAAUUGGAAAAAGUUUGUAGGAAAAUGCAAACUCAGAUGAGCAAACUCUUGAAAUCAAAAUCGUCUAGACAAACAAGUGCUAAAUCAUUGCCAAGGCUUUGUUCAUGAUAUUUGUUUUUUAUUAUAUUUUUAGUAAAUAAUAUCAAAAUUUAGAUAUUAUGUUGUGUUAAA